UGAAAAAUGCUUCUGUUUUUAACGCAAUUUAACUGGUUUUCAAUGUUUUUCUGCGCGAAGAAAUUAGAUUAAACAUUUAUACUUAAAUACAUUAUAUUAUUUACUCAUGGCUCUUUCAUUUCAUCUUAACAGAGUUUUAAAAUGUACUAUCCACAGUGCAAGGAAGUUUAACUCAGUUUGUAUCAAUAUAGUAAACGUGUUAAAAAAUAGCCACACAGACAUUGAUGUACAGUUUCCAUAUAUAAAUCAACAAAAGUCAAAUAUUUUCACUUCUGCAACACUAUCAAAGAAACCUCAUACUACAAAAAACUGGAAAUAUUUAGCUAGAGAUGGCAAAAGACCAGAUAAGGCACCUUCUGAGGAAACUAUUUCUGUAGAAGAGGGCAGUGAUUCUGUUCGUCAUUUAGCUCUAAUGUCCAGGCUACAAAACUGCUCUUCUCUUUCUGAACAGAUUGAAAUUUUUAUUUCUGAAUUAAGUUUGACUUCUGAAGAUUUUGAAAAGCGAACAUCUUUUUGUAAAGAACUAGAAGAAAUAUUUGGAAUGUAUCUUCCAAAAUUCAAAGUCCAUCAGUUUGGUUCAAGUGUCAACGGAUUGGGCUUCAAAGGGUGUGAUUUAGAUGUAUGUCUUCAGACGAAUUUCGAGGAAGAGGUUGAAGAAAAUUAUGUUCACCUUCAAGAUGUGCCUUCAUUGGUCGAUGUGAAAAAUGGCAUUGUUCCACCAGAAACUGUUAUGCGUAUGACUCCAUAUUUCAUGUUGCGAUUUGUCAGAAGGAUAUUGUUUGCUCAUUGUCCAGAUAUUACAAAAGUACUAAUCAUUAAAGCUCGCUGCCCUAUUUUAAGGUUCUAUAGGUCUAAAUAUGACAUAUUCUGUGAUUUUUCUUUAGAAAGCAAAGUUUCUAUACGGAAUACAAUGUUACUGAGGUUAUUAGGCCAUUUGGAUGCAAGGUUCCCAAUUCUGACAAAAAUAAUUCGUUAUUGGGGGAAAUAUGGAGAUUUUGUUGGUGAUAUUGAUAGAUUCAACAGUUAUUCUUUCUCGCUGCUUGUUGUACAUUUUCUUCAGACAAGAAAUCCUCCAGUUUUACCACCUAUUAAUGAAGUAUAUUCAAAAUCAGAAUACCUUCAGCGAGUAUCUUUAGAUGAUGAUGAUUUGAUGUUUGAAGAUAUUAAGAAAUUUUCACCUUCAGUCAAUACUAAAACAGUAGAGGAGCUUCUUAGAGAAUUCUUUUUUCAUUAUUUAACUUAUGACUUCUCAAGAAUAAUGCAACCAUCUCUGAGUUCAUCUAUUCCUGUUGCUGAUUUUGUGCCAGAUAAAGAUUCUAAAGAUAAGUUUGAGGUUAAUACUGUGAAUAUCCAGGACCCAUUUCGACCAAAUUUCAAUGUCACAGCCACGCCUUCUUUUGAAAGCUGCCUAAGAUUUCGAAACAGCUUGUAUCUGGCCUGUGAAGCUUAUCAAAACAAUAGAUUCACUCCUUCAACAGAAAGUUGGGGUCUGCCUCUUCUCUUCAACAGACCAAUAUCUGAAACAAGAAUGCAAGAACGGUGGAAAAAGAACUUGUUUCAUACAAUGGAAAUUCCAUCAUCUCCUGAUGCUGCUGACAAAGUAAAAAAGAUCUUAGAACAUGCUUUAUUAUUUCAUUGUUCUCCAAGCUACAUUGACACAGAAGAAAGUUCGGAAUCAAAAGUAAUUUUGAAAUUACAGUGUAAAGUGUAUCAUAAUACAUGGACAGGCAGAGAUUGGUUAUUUGAAAAGUUAAAUAAUAAUAAUGAACUUCCUUUGGAAAUAGAACAUUUAAUUUCAAAGGAAUUGAUUAGCCAAUCAGAAAGAAGCAGACAAAUUUUGUGUGAAUUUACGUGUGAAUGUAAAGAAAACAGUAAUGGAACCGUGACUGUAGAAUUAAAUUUUAAAGAAUCAAAGGCACCAUUUUUAGUUAUAUUUUUAAAAGAAUAUAUUCCUAGCAUGAUUAAAAAGUUUUAAAAUAACU